AUUAGGUUCAAUCGACACGUUUUUUGCACGAAACAAAAGAAUCUGGCAGACAUAAUUAUUGCUUUGUCCCACGAAGCGAGAUAUAAAUCCUUAAAGGAUGCUUUGCAGCAAUGAAACGCAGUCAUACAUUGGCUGCGUUCAGCAGACUCAAUAUGUUGAGAUAUUCUUCUAGAUCAUCCAGACUUUCAGAUUUAGAAGAAUACACCAAUAACAGUGAGCGCUCACUCAACUGUUGAGCUGCUGAACGCAGCCAUGGUGUUACACAUUGUGUUGACUUGUAGUUGAAACACUGCUUCUGUCAAAACUAAACGUAUUCGACCUUCCACGGAUAAAUAUCAAUCAUUUGACAUCGAGAUUUACAAUUAUGAUAGAGGAGAAGAGGGAUUCGUGUUCAGAGCGCAAAAAUACAUACGAAACGAUAAAUUAUAUUCAAAUAACAAAACCACGCCGCCCAGUGUAAUUAUUAUGUCAUUCCUUAUAAACAAACAUCAAAAAAUUACAUACAGCUGUUCCGAUAUAAUCCAUAGUCGGUGCUGAACAACAAGUAAUCGCUCCGAACGUAUCUCUUCAUUUCGAUCCUACUACGGUUGGGAUUGGUUGGGAUAGCCGACAAUCAGUCGGAAUCAACGACCGGACUCACAUUCCUCACGGCAGCUGUCAAUAUACAACAGUCCGUUUAAUAUUCAAACAAUGUUUGGACAGAAUAAAUCUGCACAACCUGGUAUAAUGAGUGAGGAAAAUAAAUUAGGGAAUCUACAGCUUCCAGGCGGUCUUCAAUCUGGUCAAGUCACAGCGACGCUGGUACAAAGGACAAAGGAAUGGCACAUGUUUCUCACUCCAGUUCUCAGGAACCAUUUGGUUCAUAAAUUAGUUCAAGAAAUAGCCCCGACUCUCACAAUCAGCUAUCCACAAGCUAUGAAAGAUAAAAGAAUGCAUAACUUGAUCGCGUAUGCAAGAAAGAUGGAAUGUUACAUAUACAAACUGGCCAGGUCUCAGGCGGAAUAUUAUCAUCUGCUAACCAAAAAGAUGUACAACAUUCGAAAGAAAUUUGGUCAUCGUUGUGUGAAGCAAACCAUGAAAUUCAACAGAAAUUCAUCUAUGGAAUGUAAUUCUGAAGAUCUAAAUAAACUAAUAAUUCAUUGUGUUAGAAGCCGCCCAGAAUUAUGGGAUUUAAAAAAUCCACAAUAUAAAAACAUUAUAGUAAAAAAAAAAUUAUGGUGUGAAGUGGCUCAAGAACUUAAUAUGAGUGAGGAUUUAGUGAGAAAUCGAUGGAGGAAUAUUCAAUAUCGGUACAUAAAGGAGAAAAAUAUGUUAAUACUAAAAAAUGAGCAAGCAGCUGUUCCGUUUUCUUCAUGGUCACUUAUGCCAAGUCUAAGUUUUUUGUCAAAUACAGUGGAACCUAGUUCCACUGUAUUUAAGCAAGUAUUAAGCAAAACUGUGACAAAUUACGAAAAUUUCAGCAUUGAAUGUCCUUUAUCUGCGUUGCCGCCAACACCAUCAGAAACAUUUCUAACUACAGUAGAUAUGCAUAGUGCAUAUGACACACAAGAACAAGUACACGAUAUAUGGGAUACUAAUAUCAAGCAUACGGAACAAACAGAAUUUUGUUCACCACACCGGUUCAGGCCAUUGCUUCAUCCUAAAAGUCUCUUUCCUCGUCCUAAAAGUCCCUUACCUUGGCUUAAUAGUAUCUCGCCUCGCCCAAACAGUGCCUCUCCUCAUCCUAAUAGCAUCUUGCCUCACCCAAAUAGUACCCAUCCUAAUAGUGUCUCUUCUUGGCCUAAUAGUGCCUUCGCUAGUUUUGUAGGAGCUCCAUUUCGUUCUCUGAACAUUUUGCGUUCUUCUGAGGGCAUUUCACCUCGUCCCUUGAGUGCACCAUAUUUUCGAGAUAGUGUCUCGCCUUGUUCUCAGAGAACUGUAUCUGAUACAGUGGGCAGCUAUUCUCAACAAAAUCAGGCCCAACCUGCAAAACGAGUAAAAAGGCACUUGCUUGAAACGCAUACAGAUGCGGUCGACCAGGCAAUUUUAAACUUGGAAAAACGAACUUCAACCGACACCAUGAAUUCAGACGAUCUUUUCUAUUUGUCUAUAUCGCGGGAUUCACAGCAUCUCAAUGUAAAUGCGAAAUUACGUUUAAAAACACUAGUAUUACAAGCACUUUCACAAAUUGUAGCAGAGGAGCAAAAUAAAAUUUGAUCGUUUUCAUUUUUUAUAAAUUAUGUAUUACUGUUAGAAUAUAUAAUUUUUAAACUAAUUAGAACAUUAUUGUAUAAAUAACAUUUGAAUUUAGUUGCAAAUCUUUGAAGGUUUUAUGAGAAUUAAAAAAAAAACAUCUUUAUUGAUUUAUAUUCAGGUUGUUGCUUUAUCUCUUACGAAACGGUUUUGAUCUGAUUUGAUUUGAAUUGAUUGUAAGGUCUUACAAAGAUUUAUGUUAUCAGAUAUUAUCCAUACAAUAAAUAAGUCUAGACUAAGAUAUUGUAAUGAUUGAUAACAUAUGUAUAACGAUUAAUUAAUUUAUAUUUCUUGUUAAACAUUUAUUAACAUAUAAAUAACUUUACUUUUUUGUAAAUUAUUCUAUAUAAUAAUUUAAUAAAUCAGAGUUUAAUGUUUUAA